AUGAAUGGAAAUCACAAAGAGUCAUUGUCGAGCCAGAAAUUUCAAAAUUCAACUGUCAGCUGGAAUUCAUUCGAUUUAGAUACGGAAAGGACAAGCAAUGUGGUUAGUUCAGGUAAUACUGGGGUUGCUUUGGAUCCAAAUUUUGCAGAGAAGAAUGACGAUGAUGUUGAUGAUGGUUGGGAAUUUAAGACUGUCGAGGCUAUGUUUCAAUCUGCAGAUGGAGGCUAUAAGAUCAAGCUUUAUGCUGACCUUGUUCUAAUGUGCUUUUGCAUAAUAGGUGGUACCAAAUACAACAAAUUUAAGUUCAAGCAUCUGGAGCUCACCUGCAAAUGGAACAUUGACGGAUGGGAGUUUAAGGUUGCUGAAGCAGGAGAGCCAAAGAACGAUUUAACAAACAAGGAAUCUAACGGCUGGGGGAUCGGAUUUGGUUUUGAACUCGUUUCUAAAAUUGAAACAACAAAUUCUUUUCAACCAAACUUCGAGAAAGAGCCACAAAAGAGGGAAAAUGGCUCGAUUUCCUUUCCAAGCAAUGCAAAUACGAAUUCUGAAGGAACUUCAUUGGCUUUUAAGCAGCCAUCUUUGGAAACUGAAAAGGAGAAAGAGGUAAUGUAUCUUACAAGCAAUGCAAAUGUGAAUUCUGUAUAG